CGUCCCCAAGGAGCGCUGACCCGGCUUAGCGAUUCCUGUUCCUGGCGUUAUCUGCUUCUGUGAACUGCUGAGCUUGACUGCCAAUGCAACAUCUUGCUUUUCAACUUACCAGGCAUUCUCGGUGUGGAGUCUGUCGUUAGGGCUGGCCGUACGUUGGACACUGAUUCUGGCUUGGACUGCGGAUUACGAAUUUACCUGAAGAGACCACAUUAACGGGCAGCGAUGUUGUCGGCGUGCAGCGCGGCCGCCCGCGGGGCUGGGACACGCAGCAGGGCCAUUGCGAAUGGACUGAGCAGAAUCACGGCCUACAGCAGCCACCUUGACCGUUGCUGCACCGCUGCCCACAGGCGUGUAGCCGUCCCCGGCCAAUCGGGACGCCUGUUUCGCCACUGGACGACCGUGGGCACUAUCAGCCAUCAGCCCUUUAGCAGGCCCGCUUCCCGUACUGUCGGCGGCGUGCGCUGUGUGUCCGGCCCAUCCGCUCCGGACGCUCUCACUAUCCCGCCGAUUAACCCCUCCAGUGUCAUGCAGGAGGUGGGUCAACUGAAAGCCAAACUGGGCAGUCUGGACCGGCAACCAAUAGCAGGUUGGCUGGCCACAUCAGUCGAUGAGAUGGACGACACCGUGAUCGCUCUGUCAAGGGCAGUGCAAUGCGGUGACCACCGUCAAGUGCACCUCAUGCUGUGCAAGCUGUCCUAUCGCUCCCGCGAGCUGUCACGCCGCGACCUGAUGCAGGCGGCGACGGUGUGUCUGCUCAUCCUGUUCGACUACCGGUGCCGCGUCAAGGUCCUGUGGGCCAGCGGGACCGCGCCGGGAGACUUGGCGCCAGGAGCGCUGGAGGCGCUGCAGAAUCGUCGAUACGACGAUACCGACCUCGCGCUGGACUUGGCUCGUUAUCUAGCGUAUAUCCUGUCGGACAUGUUUCCCCCGCCGUUGCGGAGGGAGGUGAAGCAUCUGCUGAUGCCGCUCGUGGGCCGCAUGUACUGGCCGGUGCCCGAGGGCCAGAGCGUCACGGUGCAGUCACAAGUUAUCAACUUCCUGUCGAUGGCGGAUUUAAUGAUGCUAGCGGCGGUUUAUCUUCUUGCCGGUUUCGUAACAGAUAUUGAAUCUGUGGAAGUCAGCCCAUUGCCCGGCCUUAUCCACGAACUGAACGCGGUGGCGGCGCUGACCAGCACUAACCGGUUCCCUUCCCAUGUAUACUUCGCCCUUGGCCGGCACAGCGACUAUCCGGCCUCCGACUGGGCAUACUACACCGCCAAGUACCGCGGAUCCUGCCGUCUCAUGGUGCACUGCCACUGGGUGUACGCGGUGGCCCGGCUGGGCAGUCCCGUCCACAGCGGUGCGGCCGCGGCGCUGUCGGGGGCCUUGGCGUGCGUCGACGGUGCUGUUCCCCUGCUUUCCGGGGCGCUGGACGUGGCCGACCGUCUGGGCGACGGCACCGUGUAUCCGCUGCGGAGCGAACUACAUUUGCGCUUCCUGUCCGCCAUGGCCACGCCCGUCGUCUGCCGCGUAUCGUACCGCCACGAAUCGCUCCUCCAGCAGUUGAUGCAAGCCUCCGAUAUCCUCGGACCCACUACCAGCGUCCAGUACUGCAUCGCCGUCAAUGUCAGCCCGCGGGACGGCGACGACGAGCCCUUCUGGGCCACGCUGUACCUGUUUCGCCGCGUCGCCUCUCCGCGCGCCACGCCGCCCGAGGAGACGGCGCGGACCAGUACGGUCGCGGGGACCGAAAGGUCACGGGGCCUGGAGGUCGACGGAGUCCCGCUGUGCAGUGCCGACGUGGCCGCUAUGUCGCGGGAGGAUUUGCGACGCGUCUUCGACAUGGAUCUGGUUGUGCAGCACCACGCCGACGCCAGUAAUUACACGCAGCCGUUGCAGUUGCCGCUGGAGCUGCAGUACCCGGAUGGGUCGUCGCGACCGUUCGCGGUGGAUUUAGAUAAUUUUUUCCAGCUAUUGCAGCGCGACUGGGAAGCAGCAGCGGAACUGCGACAGCAGUCGGUUAAUUCCAGGCUGAUAGAGAGAGACAGUGACAUCCGGACUUGAGCCUGGGACGUGUUGUGCUGCAUUUGUUAAUGUUCGUGCUAUUGUUUUUUGCCGACGUGCAGUGACUAGACUAGCACAUUUGGGUCUGCAUUGAUCAGGAUAUGCAGUAUGCACGACCGCGCCGUCAAGGAUUCAAGGGCGUGGCUACUCACUAGACAACCAAUCAGUCAGCCGUCCUAAAUGACAGUGACCUUUGCCUAAAUAUCUUGGUUUCUACCUGGACAAUUUUCAAGGGCUUUUUCACUGCCCGAAAAAUGAACGUCGGCAAUAAGACGGAUAACCUCACAAACACUGAUACUCGUAG